UAACAUUUGGAAAAGUAGAAAAAUGGCAUCAGAAGACAUCACUAAGCUUGUGGAGUCACUUGCCAAAACCAAAGUGGGUGAUGGACAGUUGAGCUUCAAAGGCCAGAGCCUUAAACUCAAUACAGCUGAAGAUGCUGAAGAAGUGAUCAAGCAAAUUGAGGAAUUUGAUGGCCUGGAAGCAUUGCGGCUGGAAGGCAACACAGUGGGUGUGGAGGCAGCAAAGGUCAUUGCCAAAGCCUUGGAGAAGAAAUCGGAGCUCAAGAGGUGCCAUUGGAGUGACAUGUUCACAGGGAGACUAAGGUCUGAGAUACCUCCUGCUUUGAUCUCUUUGGGGGAUGCACUCAUCACUGCUGGAGCUCAGCUGGUGGAGCUGGACCUGAGUGACAAUGCCUUUGGGCCAGAUGGUGUGCGUGGCUUUGAGGCACUGCUGAAGAGCCCUGCAUGCUACACCCUGCAGGAACUCAAGCUCAAUAACUGUGGCAUGGGCAUUGGUGGUGGCAAGAUAUUAGCAGCUGCUCUGAAAGAGAGUCACAGGAAAUCAAGUGCUCAGGGCCAGACUCUUGCUUUGAAAAUGUUUGUGGCUGGCAGAAACCGCCUGGAGAAUGAUGGUGCCACUGCUCUGGCUGAAGCCUUUGGGAUCAUUGGGACUCUAGAAGAAGUCCAUAUGCCCCAGAAUGGAAUUAACCAUCCUGGAAUCACAGCACUGGCCCAGGCCUUUGCUAUCAACCCACUGCUUAAGGUUAUAAACUUGAAUGACAACACCUUCACAGAGAAAGGAGCUGUGGCCAUGGCAGAGACUCUAAAGACACUUCGGCAGAUUGAAGUCAUCAACUUUGGAGACUGCCUGGUGCGUUCGAAGGGCGCUGUUGCUAUUGCUGAUGCUGUUAAAGAAGGGCUUCAUAAAUUAAAGGAGCUGAAUUUGUCCUUCUGUGAGAUCAAACGAGAUGCUGCUCUGACUGUUGCUGAAGCUAUUGAAGAUAAGGCGGAGUUGGAGAAGUUGGAUCUCAAUGGUAACUGCCUGGGAGAAGAGGGAUGUGAGCAACUCCAGGAGAUCCUUGAAGGCUUCAACAUGGCAACUGUGCUGGGAUCUUUGAGUGAUGAUGAAGGGGAGGAGGAGGAUGAUGAAGAGGAAGAGGAGGAUGAAGAUGAAGAAGAGGAAGAAGAGGAGGAGGAAGAAGAACGGCAGCAGCUGAAGGAGAGAGGACAGGGAGAAUCAGAGUCACUGACUCCUAAGAAGAUAAUUGAUUCCCAGGAUUCAACCCCAGUGCCAGCUCCUCCUGUGGACAUUGCCACAUUCCUGGCUUUCCCAUCACCAGAGAAGCUGCUACGACUAGGACCGAAGUGCUCUGUGCUGAUAGCUCAGCAGACAGAUACAUCUGAUGUAGAGAAAGUAGUGACAACUCUCCUAAGGAUAUCAUCAGUUUUCAAAGAUGAAGCCCCAGUGAAAACAGCAGUGCAGGAAACAACAGAUGCCUUGUUGAGAAAAGCCUUCACUUCUGCCACGUUUAAUUCAGAUGCAUUCCUCACAAGCCUCUUGAUCCACAUGGGACUACUUAAGAGUGAAGAGAAGAUCAAAGCUGUCCCAAGCCUCUAUGGUAUUCUAAUGACCUUGAACCAUGUGGUCCAGCAGGAUUAUUUCCCUAAAUCUCUGGCCCCAGUUCUCUCAGCUUUUGUCACAAAACCAAACCGUGCUCUUGACUCCUGUUCGUUCGCUCGCCACAUGCUCUUACAGACCCUCCACCAGCUGUAA